GCAGAAAUCACCGAUUCCAAGUCCAAACCGAUGGAGGGCGGCUGUAGUGGUUCGUCGUCGAGCGAGCCGGCGGCGCCGGCGAGGAAGAGGAAGCCCGGGACAUGGAGAAGGCUCCCGCGCACCCUGCCGCUGGAAGUGGAGGUCAGGAUGAAGUUGGGUUCCAUAACGCAUGAGGAGCUGAAGCGGCAGCACCUGGCGCGCGCCGAGGAGCUGGAGAAGAUGGACGACAGCGGGUGCGACACGGAGGAUGCCAAGAUCGCCUUCAAGGCGUUCAAGGAGGAGCAUGUCCGCUGGUACCGCAAGCUCGCCGAGGGCUGGCCGGAGCAUAUAGUCAUCAACUACAACCCCAAGCCCAGCGACACAGAGGAAGAGUAUCUGACCGCCGAGGACAUGGAAGCAUGCUUCACUCAUCGUAACCCCACUCAUGGAGCACAACUAAAACACUUUGCUUGCCUUGCUUUGGCACAUUACAAUGCCAGAAAGACCGAGCACAAGUUUGACCUUGCGGAGGCCUUGACAUCUAACUGCUUUUCUGAGGCGUGUGGGACGACAUAUGGUCAUGUCAACUUCACCGCCAUUCCCCAGAAGACUAAUGACCCUACGAAGAGGUUGUUCUUCGCUGAGCUCAUGCUCAUUCCGGAGCUCCAGAUGGAGGAGGAUACCGAGCCUAUGCGUGUGCUGCAUGUCUCAACUAUUGAUGAUGUUCCCUGUUAUGGUAUGUUUUCUGGAUAUCUUAUUAUGUAUUCUGGCACUGUACCUAAAUAUUGGUUGCUAGUUUUGUAUUGUCACCACUCGCUAGAUGUAUUUAGCAACUAACAUGGUGCUGUUGGUGGUUAAAGCUCCCAUCAUUAGGUACCAACCCUUACUUGGUCACACUACUAGGGACCAAGAAAAUGUUAGUGACUCUAGGUCCUUCACAAUUAAUUGGUGCUUGGUAAUAGUAGAUAUUAUAGAUCGCCUUGGCUGCUAUGACCUUGUUGAAUGCAUAGUAAACAUAUAGCAUAGAAAUAAUAAUUAUGAAAAAACAGAUGUCUUCAUAUAGUAUUGGCUCAGCAGGAGCGAUAAGCCAUAUUCACGGUAAGAAAUAUAAUGAAGUCUUUCCCAUUCGUUACCCUGAUCCUACUACGAGGAAAGAUGCACAUUUCCUAAAUCAGUCACUGAGAAGCUGCUUCCAAUGUGGUUGUUUCUCGUGUAUCCAAUUUAAUCAUGGACAUGUAUGAGAAAGAUCACAAUAUUAUGGAACAACAAAUAUAUAUCUAUUAAAGAAAAUAGGUAUUCUUGGUUUGGUUCCUCUUUGUUUUGUCCUGCUUUUUGAUGAUUUUUACGUAUGCUAUUUUCUGGUUUGGUUGAGGAACGUAUGUAUAACAUACGUGCAUAGAAAACGAGAAACAAAAGGCUGCAGACAUGCGUGCAAAGGAAAUCGGGCCGGCCGGCCCAUGUGCAAAGGAAACGAAAAACUAACUGCUGAGGGCGUACGUGAAAGGAAACUGGGACGGACGGCCCAUAUAUCUAUUUUA